GCGCCGGUGGGCGGGGCUCGAGGCGAAGCUGCGCUUGUGGUGCCGCCUUGUUAUUUUCACGCUCCGUUUGCGCAGAGGCUCGAUCCGCGCCGGGCGGGGAGAUCAGGCUGAGCCCCGCAGAGCCGCGGAGGUUGUGGCGGCUUUAACCGGAGCGUGACGACAGGCAUCCGGCUAGAAGGGAGCGGUGCGAGGGCCCCGGGGGUGGGGGGGGGCCCACAGCGGGUCUUGCAGAGGGGCUCAGGCCGGCUGAAGAGCCUCUGAGCCCGGCCUGAUGCAGAUGCAGACGGGGGGUCGGCCUCGGCUCUAACGCGAACCUCCACAUCCUCCAUCACGACCGGCUUUCUGAGCGCUCCUCGCAGCUGUAUCGCGUCGACGGAGGGUGGAAAGGAGGAGAGCAGCAUCGAGACCUUCCUCCCGCAGCUGCUGCACCCAGAGUCAUGGGCAACACGCCGGCUGCCAAGCGAGGAAACGAGAUGGAAAGCGUCAAAGAGUUCUUGGCCCUCGCCAGGGAAGACUUCCUCAGGAAAUGGGAGAAUCCUGCACAGAGCACAGCAUCUCUGGACCAGUUCGACUUGCUGAAGACUCUGGGCACGGGCUCAUUUGGCCGAGUGAUGCUCGUCAGACACCGAGAGAACGGCCAGCACUACGCCAUGAAGAUCCUCAACAAGCAGAAGGUGGUUAAACUGAAGCAGAUAGAGCACACUCUGAAUGAGAAGAGGAUUCUACAGGCUGUCAGUUUUCCGUUCCUCGUGCAGUUGGAAUUCUCAUUCAAGGAUAACAGUAAUCUGUACAUGGUGAUGGAAUAUGUUCAGGGAGGAGAGAUGUUCUCACACCUGCGUAGAAUCGGCAGGUUCAGUGAACCUCACGCCCGCUUUUAUGCAUCUCAGAUAGUGCUAACGUUUGAGUAUCUGCAUGCUCUGGACCUCAUCUACAGAGACCUGAAACCAGAAAACCUCCUCAUUGAUCAGCAGGGCUACAUACAGGUGACGGACUUUGGCUUUGCGAAACGAGUGAAAGGACGCACAUGGACGCUGUGUGGGACGCCGGAGUAUCUCGCUCCAGAGAUCAUCCUGAGCAAGGGUUAUAAUAAGGCCGUGGACUGGUGGGCUCUGGGCGUGUUGGUGUAUGAGAUGGCUGCUGGAUACCCUCCGUUCUUCGCUGAUCAGCCCAUCCACAUCUACGAGAAGAUCGUCUCAGGAAAGGUGCGCUUCCCUUCCCACUUCAGCUCAGACCUGAAGGAGCUGCUGAGGAACCUGCUGCAGGUGGACCUCACCAAGCGCUAUGGAAACCUCAAGAAUGGUGUCAACGACAUCAAGGGUCAUAAGUGGUUCUCUACCACUGACUGGAUAGCCAUUUACCAGCGGAGGGUGGAGGCUCCGUUUAUCCCGAAGUGCAGGGGCCCUGGCGACACCAGCAACUUUGACGACUACGAAGAGGAGGAGAUCCGAGUGUCCGUCACAGAGAAAUGCGCAAAAGAGUUUGCCGAGUUUUAGAAAAGCGUGAGCUUAUAGGAUAGAGCUGAAGAGAGAGAGAGAGAGAGGGUGAUAGAGAGAGGAAGAGGGAGAAAACGCAUGGUGGAUGAUUUGUUUUCUGUGUUUAGAGUCAGUGAGAGCAGCUAAAGGAGCACAGCGACGACCUUGAAGGACAGUCAGACGUUGCCUUCACCAUCUCGUUUCUUCACCGAUGCUCAUAUUCAUUCUUUUGGCUUCGAUUUCCUUUGAUGUGAUGUCGAUCACGUACGAUCUGGUGCCAGUGAAGUGUUCGGUAGCAGUCGAGAAGCAGAUAAACGAGCGCUCGGCGCGAACGCGAGCGUCUGUCCGGAGAUAGCGCCCUCCGGCGGCGUUCAUCCACACCUCAGGACCGUUCGGAGCCGAGCUAGGCCGUCAUAUCAACCAGACAAAACACAAAAAUAGAUAUGAUUCCUGUGUGACAACUGACAUGUUUUGGAUCCUUUGUGUUGCUGUAUUGUUUUACAGUGAAAAGGAGUCACAGUGGUUUUGAAUGGUGGUGAAAAAAAGCCAUGAUUCUAUCAUGUUGUAGUGCCGAGUGUAGGAAAUAUUAUGAUUAUUAUUAUUAUUAUUAUUAUUAUUAGUUCUUGUUUAUUAUUUGUCUGUGGGAGGGCGUCUGUGUCAGCAUAUCUUAUUGAUUAAUCUCGUGAAAACGUGCCAUAAAUUCCUUAAAAUCAGCUCAUUGGGGGACUGUUUGGGUGUUACAGGGGAAGUCCACCAAUCUUUCAAAAUGUAAGUAACUCUAGAGACGUAAACAGAGCCAUUCAGAGAGGCUUGCCGUGAAAUGCUCCAUGCGACUUUUUCCAGUGGUGGUGAUGGGAACCAGGGGACCCGAAUGCAGUGGUGUGCAAAAGUUUGGGCAACCCUGACAAAUUCAUAAAUUUAAACUCACAGAGUUUAAACUGGGGCGGCGGGGUUCCUUUGCAUCGGCCACUUUUUUAUGUUGUAUAUUUAUUUUAUGUUAAAUUCAACAAAGAAAUAAAAACAGUAAUUGUGCAUUAAAAUGUGCAGAGACAUUUUCACUUAGCAGCUAAUUUGACGGGGGUGCACAGACUUUUGCAUACGUUUUUUAUGUACUGAAAAAUGGUCAUAAUUCAUUUUACAUGACCCUUUUCCAACCUUUCUUUAACCCCCAGAGCGAGACUGUUUUUGUUACUGUGCCUUUAAGGCUGAUGCAUGGCUAUUGGAACAAAA